AUGGCGGAUAUCGAGCCGUUGUUGUGGAACAUCGGCACCAGCGAGGUACAAACCGCAGACCAUGAAGAACAAGCCAGUAAAGGCACCUCUACUAAGAGCAAAACUGCACGCUUGCUUCGCUGGAUGUGUUUCCAGGCCUCUGCGUUUUCACCUUUUAAACUCAACACAAUGAAGAUAAACAAAAUCACAAGAAGUCAUGGUAAAUGGGCUACUUUUCCAGUUGCCUCUUCCAUUCAACUUCCUUGGAAGUGUUUAUCGAGAAACAGAACAAAGUUUGGUCGACAUGAAGUCUUUGUUCCAGUUGCUAGAGGGAUGGAGAGGAUAAAUCCAAGAGUUCUAUACAACAUUUUUGGAUGCUCAGCAAUUUUGGGCUAUGUAACCUUCUUGCUGGUCAGGUUUGUAUGCAUAUCCUUAAGAUUCAUCUGGUGA